CCCGCGGCCGGAGCGCGCCCACCUGAGCCCGCUGCGCCCACCUGAGCCCGCUGCCCGUGCGCCGGCGCCAUGGCGGAGCAGGAGAGCCUGGAGUUCGGCAAGGCGGACUUCGUGUUGAUGGACACCGUCUCCAUGCCCGAGUUUAUGGCCAACCUCAAGCUCAGAUUUGAGAAAGGACGCAUCUAUACAUUUAUUGGAGAAGUCGUCGUCUCUGUGAAUCCUUACAAGUUGCUGAACAUCUAUGGGCGGGACACAGUUGAGCAGUAUAAAGGGCGUGAGCUGUAUGAGAGACCACCUCAUCUCUUUGCUAUUGCUGAUGCUGCUUACAAGGCUAUGAAGAGGCGAUCAAAAGACACCUGUAUUGUUAUAUCAGGUAUUCGGAGGAGGCCCUGGUACAUCCAACCUCAGAGUGCAUUUAACUUACUUAAUACUUAA